UUAGUUAACAAAAAUAAUGUAUGCCAUUUUAUAAAAUAUUUUCACCCCACUCAGUGUUGUAAUCAGAACUUACCAAAAAGCAUGUGGACCUUGGCUCAGACAGUGUAGUAGUGUGGCCUCAAUAGCAUCUCAUUAGUGUGAAAGAAAUUGAGAAUCAGCUGUACAUGUGAUGGAAGAGUGCACUGUACAUGUGAUGGAAUAAUGCACUGUGCAUCCAGAGGGUUGCAUUCCAUUGAAUUUUGACCUAGAAUUGCCCUGUGUAUCCCACAAAAACAGUUCAUUGUUAUAAGCUAACUUUUUUUUUUUUGCUGAAUUUAAACCUGGGAAUUUGGGACAUUUUGCUUAACUUCCCAUGUAAAACUUCUGGAAAAUUCCAGAAAUUUACCGGAAAGUGUCAUAACCUUUGCAACUGGUGAGAAUGCAGGCAAUCGAAGAACUGGGACAUUUUCAGCAUCUGGGAAUUGUGUACAGAUCCUUGUGACAUGGGGCUGUGCAUUUUCAUGCUGAAACAUAAGGUGAUGGUGGAAGAUGAAUAGCAUGACAGUGGUCCUCGUCACAGUGUCUCUGUGCAUUCAAAUUGCCAUUGAUAAAAUGCAAUUAUGUUCAUUGUCCGUAGUUUGUCUUCCCAUACCAUAACCCCACCGCCACCAUGGGGCACUGUUCACAACGUUGACAUCAGAAAACGUUGACAUGGAGUAAACUAUAAAAAUGACGUUACACAGCAUAUCACUUAACAAAACCAACAUUCAAAUACCGUUAUAGAAGUUAAAAGUAAAAACCCAAACCACUCCGUGCAUCAAUACCUAAUAUAUGGUAAACUAUCAAGACACCCAGUCACUACAAAGAUACAGGCGUCCUUCCUAACUCAGUUGCCAGAGAGGAAAGAAACCCCUCGGGGAUUUCAGCAUGGUCAGAGGAGAAAUUGAGGAUGAAUUAACGUUGUAGUUACUCCACAAUACUUACCUGAAUGAAAGCGUAAAAAGCCUGUACAGAAUAAAACAUUGUUUUUGCAAUAAGGCACCAAAAUACAAAGUGUUAUGUUUGCGGCCAAGAGUACCACUCUUCAUAUUUUCAAUCAUGGUGGUGGCUUCAGUGUUUUCUUAUGACAAAAAGGAACAGAAUAGAGCUAAACACAGGCAAAAUCCUAGAGGAAAACCUGUUGCAGUCCUCUUUCCAACAGACAAAAUGUCACCUUUUAAGCAGGACAAUAACCUAAAACACAAGGCUAAAAAUACGAGUUGCUUACCAAGAUGACAUUGAAUGUUCCUGAGUGGCCUAGUUACUUAAGUCUAUGGCAAGACAUAAAUGGCUGUCUAGCACUGAUAAACAACCAACUUGGUUGACAGAGCUUGAAGAAUUUUAAGGAAUGUGCAUGUAUUGGACAGGUGGGCAAAGCUCUUUGAGACAUGUGGUGAAAAACUCCGUAGUAAUCGCUGCCAAAGGUGACUCUAGCAUGUUAUUUACUCAAGAGUGUUAAUACGGUUAAAUUUUCAAUAAACUUCUUUUCACUUUGUCACUAUGGGGUUUUGUUUGAAGAUUCGGUUGGGGUUUUGCUUGUAGAUGGGUGAGGGAAAAGUAUCUUGAAUCCAUUUUGAAUUCAGGCUGUAACACAAUGUUAAGGGAUAUUAAUACUUUCUGAAGGUGCUGUAAGCCUAUAUAUUUCAAUCAGAUUGUAAUCCAUUUCUGGUUCAUUUGAUUUCUCAUUUGCUAAUUGUAGGCUAGUGUCUAAUUUUAGCAUUCAUGGUGUGUAACGUGUUCAAUGAUGUGCCAUAUCUGUGGUUUAGUCUGUUAUAGUGUAGGCUAGGGCCUAAGCUGAUCUGUCAGUGUGGAACAAUUAUAUGGUAUGUGGCUGUUUUGGUAGGAUUUGGAUAGAGAAAGCUGAUCCGAGAGCAGCGCUGUCUUUUGAUCCUAUCAGUGCCGACACACCCCAACUACGCACUUAGUGAAAGUUAUCCCUAUGUAGUGUUUUAGGAAACUCAUGUGAAUUCUUCGGGUCGUUGUAGGAACAAUGCAUUGUUAAUACACUCGAACCUAAUCGCUAUUGGGAUGUUGCCCCACAUGCUUGACUAGAAGUUCAGUUCUUCUUUCUAGUCAACUGCCAUAUGCCAACAUGUUUUUUAUUAUUAUUAUUUUUUUAUCGAUUUGCUCAAUGGAAUCAUUAGUAUUACAGUGACACAUUCCAUCCCUGGAAUGAGCUAUGUUUUGAAAACAUUUCACUUUCACUGCAAUGUAAACAUAUAUUGGUAUGUGGCUGUUUUGACUAACGGGAAGUACUGAACCUCUAGUCUGGUAACUGUACACAUACUGUGUAUAGAGUUACCAUCUGUGGAUACCAUAGUAUUUGCGUUAAGUCCUACUGAAAUGGCUGUACCUGUUUAGCAGCAAGUCACACAUUGGAAGCGGUUCACUUGCUGGUAAUGAGAUGAGGGAAUUCUGCCACCUAACCCUGACCAUGGCCUUCAACUACUUCUUACCCCCAUAUAGCUUCCAGAUCCGAGUGGGGGGUCUGUACCUUCUCUAUGGCCUAUACCACACACAGCUCGCUUCACCUAAAGAGAAGAUCAGGAUUGCCCUAAAGGACUGGGAGCAAAUUCAGAAGUUUUACCAGGAUUCGGUGAAUUCGCAGCACUAUGAUGCAGUUUACAUUAUCAGGAAGCUAAUAACUGAGAAUGCUGUCCUUUACACCGCCAUGCCUCAGAUGUUGACCUUCCGUGUGAAGAAGAAGCCCCAGCAUCACAAGGUGUGCGAGGAGUUCCGUGACCGACCAGAAAGGGUCAAGGACCUCAUCUCUACAGAUAUGCUGCAAGAGGUGGCUAACAUUCAGAGUCACCAUGAGCGGCUGAAGGCCUCCGUCUUGGAGAGGUCAUCCAUUGCGGUGACCCAACAGGACCUGCCGGCCCGCUUGCACAGCUGUGUGCUUGAGUUCCUCCACUGGCAGGACAGGCAUGAGAACCAUGGAGAUGCAGACCACUUGGUUUAUGCUGAGGAAAAAGCCCAGCAGGUCGAGUCUUCCAAUAGGGCACAGCUUCUGGCAUCCAUCAAGACAAAAUCAUACGGGUGUCUUGCAGAGGCCUCAAAGUCACGGCGGCAUCGCCAGGUGGAGAUGGACACAUCCAUUUCUGGAACAGGCUACAUUAAAGAGGCUCCCAAAUAUCACAAAAGUAGGGCGCCAUCACUCAAGGCCCGAACCAACAAGAACCUCUGUGGGGAAGGAGAUGAACAGAAGAUCCAAUAUUGGCUCCUUAGUGCUGCAGAGGAGGACAAGACUGCAUUGAAAAGACAGAAGCGAAAACACAGUUUCCGGUGGUGAAGAAAAUGCAGAGGAUUUGGGCUUUAACUGCUGCACUUUUGGAGAGGCUAAUCCAUUAGGAGAACACUAAAUAUCCACAUUAUGAAUAUAUUCAUCAAGUUGUCUGAGGACUUGAGCCAGUUAAUUACUGUGCAUAUAACAGGAAAUGUAAUUAAUAGAGCACUUUUGUUUUUGUGUACAAAUAAAUGUGGCACCAAAUUUGCAUCAUUCUAUGAA